AGAUAGAGAUAUCAGGAGUGUUGAGAGGAAGAUAUUAAGCGAGUAUAGUGGUUGUGACGCGCCGUAAUCAACCGGAGGAGUCUGGUGCUAGGUGGUGGAGGGGGUCAGUAUGAAUAACGGGAAUAACAAUGGCGACAACAGGAACAACGAAAAUGGGGGUUACGGGGGAAGGAAUGGUAUUACGUGCUAUGAGUGCGGGAAAGAAGGGCACAUAGCGCGAGACUGUCGGUCGAAACGCGGUCCCAUAAGGCCGAACCAACAGGAUGAUGAGGUGCAUGUGUUCGUAGGAGAAUUGAUGGAAGAGAAGAAAGAGGAGAAAUGCAAGAGGAUCGAAGAUGAACAGAGGAGGCUGAAGGAAGAGGAUGAUAGGAGGCGGGAGCUAGAUAUUGCCAGAAGGACGGAGGAGAUGAAGAUGCAGAUGCAAGCGGACAUUGAGGAAAAAUGGAGGAGGCAACAAGAAGAAGCAGCGAAUAGAGCGAGGGAGGAGAGGCAAGAAGUGGUGAAGGAGAGAUGGCGGGAGCACGUGCACGCCGCAACAUCGGAUUAUCGGGGGAAAGGCUUAGCUCCUCAAUUGUACCGAUGGAUGAGAACUUUCGGGAUUGAUAAGUUCGCAAUCAUACCUGUGAGGCAUACGACCAAGGUGGAUGAUUUCGUUUUCGAACAGUAUCUGAUUCGGGAUCUGUCACCAAGUUUGAACACUAAGGGAACGAGGAGACGAGGAGUGAAGUCAAGAAAGCGGAAGGGUAAGAGGGAGAGGAAGAAGAGGGGAGGAGAGGCGGUAGAAAAGUUAGUAGUGGGUUUCACUACCGUGGAAGGAAAGCGUACUUCACUACUGAACUCACUACGAGAGAAGAAUGAAAAACCGAGUGAGAAAACGGAGGUAGCAUUCACCGCGGGUGAACAAUGGACGGACGGUUGGAAACAGAUUAGCAAGUUCUUAGGAAUGUCAGAACUUGAGGUCAAUGGGAGGACACUAUUACUGAAACAGGCGAUACAGAUCUGUCAGAAUGGGGGAAAGGUGACGGUUGUGCGGAUACGCAAGACAACUACCACUACCGAACGGUAUAAGCGAGAGCUAGUUAGAUUGAUGAGGCAACCGAGGCUAGUAGGUGGUAUGGCUAGACAGUCGACGAGCAAGCUUGUAGGAUUAUAUAGGACCGCUGGUUUCUUCAGUAGAAAAGAGACAAGAGAGAAGUUGAAGAUUAAGAUAGAUCGGGUAUUGUGGAAGAGAACGGGAGUUCGUGUGAGAAGAAGGGUGACCGUCAAGUACCCGUACAACGCUUCUAUCCUGAAGACGGAGGUCAGGCGGAAGGUGGAAUCUGUAAUUGACGAGAAACUAGACGACCAUGCUCUGGCAGCAUUCGUUAAGAAGAAGGUGAGAAUGGUGAACACAAGGAACAGGACAGUGGGAGAGGUUAUCCACAACCACCGCCGGCAUGCUCAUACUCAGCCGGUAAGUUGGUCAUGUGAACACCACCUUUCGGCUAAACAAGACGGGCACGUACUCACGAGAGUGUCGGAUAUGAAGGACGAGCCGAUGUUCGUACGAAACGUGAAGAAUGUGACGAGGUCGGAUGAACAGAACAGCAAGAGGGACAUCAUACAAGGAAUCAGCAUGACAAUAGCCCACCUUAAGGGUAGGAUGCAGGAGGAGUUGAACGUCGAUUCCUGCGUUAUAACUGAGAGCGAGAUGUGUGCGGCCUGGACAGACGGUGAGGUACGUAACUGGGCCUCGAAGUACCAGGGCCUAGUCUUGGUUCCUAUAGAUCGCAAUCCAGGCGACACUGCGUUGAUUUGCCCUGUUCUCUAUAGGCACGGGUUCGGAAGUACUUUCACGUGGAACCCGGACUACGAAUCGGUGGGCAAGCCUGAGGCAGAGGUCUUAGCUCGAUGUAAGAAAGAGUUCGAGGUGGCAGGACUUACAGAGAUUGGGAGAUGGAAGAGCGAUGGGAAGCUGGGAAGAUCAUAUGUGAUACCGAAGGACAAAGAUUUGCAGCGCUGGAGACCGAUCGCCCCAGCGUGCAACGAUCGGGCAGCAUUGGUACAGCAGAGAGGGGCUAGAGCCCUGCACUGCCUCGUCACAAGGUUCUCUAGGAAGAAGAAUUUUCACCUGAAAUCGACUUUGGAGCUAAAGGAGGACUUAGAGAACGCAGGAGAGAUCCUGAGUAGAGAAGGGUGUGAUAUGGCGAUGGGGAGGUGUUACGACAUCAAGGAGAUGUUUUCCUCGAUAUCGCAUGCAUCAGUGAAGGAUGCGGUCUCGAAUUUGGUGAUGCAGUUUGAAGAACAGGGAUGGAGGCAAGUGAGAGUUGCGACUAGAGGGAAGCUGUGCCAAAUGUCGAAGACCGACCGGAAAAAAUCUGGUUUUGUCACGGUUAAGUUGGACAUGAUCAGGACGAUCGUGGAAUAUGACCUGGCGCAUGUGUAUAUGAUGCAUGGCGACGUGGUAAGGAAACAAAUCACUGGUAUCCCGAUGGGCAGGACCACCAGCCCAGUGCUGGCCACAAUGACGUGCGCAAUGGCCGAGGCGGUUUUUCUGUCUAGUCUUGGAUCGGAUAGGAGGUUGGUGAUGGGAUGGAGGACGGUGGAUGACGUUUGGCGGAAGGCGGUUGGGAUACCAGACACCUUCGAGAAAACGUAUGAUCACAAGUUGAAAUUGAUCUGGAAGGACGACGAUACGAAUACUUGGAAUUUCAUAGGGGGACGUGUUUACGUUAUGAAGGAACCGUUGUCGGGUUUCUUUCCCCCCCGGUGGCUCGUAGAACCUGCUGGUUAAUCUCCGCGGUCGGGCGAUCGGCAGUACUGCCUUCAGCCUGGCCCUAGUUGCGGACUGGGCUCCCCCGCCUAGUUGUCCCUGUGAG